UUAUCUUUACAUACAUCGUCUUUUCGUCUUCGCGCGUCAAGCGUCAAGGUGACGGCGUCACUUUGACAACAAUAUUUUUUCAUUCCGAGAACGUGAUUGGCCCAGAGUUUUCAUUUCUACUUAAGACUAAAAUUCAGUGCAAUCCGACACUAAUACCAUUAGAGUCAAGUGUUUACACCACGGCGUACAGAUCUGAUCAGUUCGUGCCGUCUUACGAGUGUCGCAUCGUCCAUCCAAACAUUAUGUGUAAUACAUACAAUAUAUAUUAUUAUGUGUAUUGAUAAUAAUAAUAAUACUAGUAAUAGUAUAUUUAAAUCCUUUGCUCGCUUCACAAAAUAAAGUGAAUUUCAGUCAACUCCGGGCUGUUGUGUUGAACGGGUGACAUUUUGUUUUAUAAGAGUUAAUUGUUUCAACAAUAAAUUCCAAUGGAGGAUACUAAUUCUGUUGUCAAAUAUCCAGCUGAUUCUGGUGAUAUUAUUGCUCCUGUUAUAAACAAACGAGGAAGAAAGCCUAAUCCCCGAAAACAAGUGUAUCAGUGUGAUGAAUGUUUAUAUGAAAGCGACAGAAAUUUCAAUGUCGAGCGACACCGAAUCAGAAUCCACUGUAAAAAAAUUAACAAGCGCUGUUGUGGAAAAAAAUUCCGCACUAAAGCUGACUGGUACUACCAUGUAGAAGACUGUCACCCGAGCUUGCGCGAAAAGUCAUUCGUCUCAAAGCAAAAGUACCAAAUCCUGGGCUCUCAAUCUUCCCGCAAGCGUUCAGAACGCCUCAGACACGAGAAGUACUCCUGCCGUUUCUACGCUUCAAAGACGCGGACCCACGUCCAGAAGAUCUACUCAUCAUCAUCAACCAGCAACAAACGAUCUUCGCUGCGUAUAAAAAAAAAGCUAGAGAGCAAAUCCCUGCUAAUGCUCCGGCAAUUUGAUGCAACUGGAUCGCCAGGUUAUGAUCUGGAUGAGUUGCCGCUCUACUAUCGGUUAAAAUAUCCCGAAUUAUGCGGUGAUAGUAGUUAUCAGUCUCCCGAGGAUUAUCAACUGGCACCAACAGAGAGUCGUCAAAUAGAAUUAAACACGCCGGUGAAAAUCGAUUUUUCCUCCGAUUUUACCGAUGAUUUCCACUUCUCUGACGCUCCCAGUCUUCGCUUCACUAAUUACGCUGAUAUCAUUAAUAAUAUCAAUGAUGAUAAUAAAUUAGUGGAUUAUUCAGACGACUCUGGAUUUACUGAGUCCCUAACAAUCCCCGAAGUUGAUCACGAAGAAAUAAUUGAGCAAGUAGUUGAGGAAGAAGCUCAACAAAUAAUCCGGGAAGAUGAAAUUAAGGACAAUUACUUCAGCGAAUUUAAAAUCCAGUCGGUCAAGCAGAAAGCUGAAUCAAAUAUAAUAGAAAGUGACGGGACCAAUUUAGAUUUUUUGCCACCGAAGAAACGAAUUUUAAGACAAUGGCAAACUAAUGUUAUUUCUUCGUGCGUUCGCCAGCGUAAGCCUAAGAUAAAGAGCAACAGGGGUUUCAAGAGAGUCAUUGGGGUGAGUAAUGAUAACGAUGAAAAUAUCAACCCGAAUGUGAACAAAGAAAAAGACAAAGGAUUUAAAAUUGUCGUGUGCCAUGAAAAAAUGUCCAUUUGGCAUCAGAACCAGUCUGACAAAGACAAAGAGGGUAAAGUCGUGGUAAUGCAGGAAAAGUCUCGGGAAAUUUAUUGGAAUGCGGAGGAGCGACACCGGGCUUUUUUAAACUAUUUCGAUUUUGAUAGAUUCAAAAUACUAUGAUCAAAGAUUUUUAUU